UCCUAGCUCGGCCAUCCAUUGUUCCACCUGGCCGCCCCCCUGCGCAUGCGCCGCGGCCCCCAGUCGCGCGGAGGCCCCUCCCCACCUCUCCUAGGGGAGCGAUUGGUCCUGCCUGCGGGGCGGGAUGGCGGAGUGUGGUGGCCGGUGCUGGUGUCUGAGGCGCCUCGGCCAGCACGAGCAGUGGCUGCUGCUGCGGGGCGGCGCUGAGGUAACUAUCGGUCGAGGACUUGGUCUCACCUACCAGCUAGUAUCAAAAAUCUGCCCGCUGAUGAUCUCUCGCAACCACUGUGUUUUCAAGCAGAAUGAAGAAGGCCAGUGGACAGUCAAAGACAACAAGAGUCUAAAUGGUGUUUGGCUGAACAAGGAACGCCUUGAUCCAUUAAAGGCCUAUCCUAUAGUUGAAGGAGACCAUAUCCAGCUAGGAGUGCCUCUGGAAAGCAAAGAAGCUGCUGAAUAUGAGUAUGAAGUGAUCAGGGAAGAAUGGGAGAAAAUUAGUCCAUUUCUAGCUCCUAGAAACGACCAGGUGAUGGGGAAAUCUAAAAGCACGAGAACAAAACGUAAAUUUAGCUUGGAAGAAUCUGAGGCAUUGGGAGCAGAAGGCCCUUCAAAUUCCAGAUCCAAGAGAGACAAAGUGCAUAGUGAACCUUUAAUUAAACCUUGGGAGAUGGCAGAAUUGGCCAAACAACCUACAGAAAACAUGGAUCUCAAGCUACCUUCUCCUGGAACAAGUGAGGAGGAGGAGAAAGCUCCAGUGUAUUGUGGUCCUUUGCAGCCAGAGAAAGCACUAUCCCUUGGCCAUAGGGACCAGAAAGCACCUAGUCUUGCACAAUCUUGGACUAGUUUGGAAAUGCUGAAGAAAACCCUGGUAGAUAUAAUGAAGUUGAAAGUCAAGGUGCAGGAGAAGCAGACAGCAGUCUUAAGUAUGAAGCAGAAGAGCAGGAAGAGUGCCCGGAAGGAGAUCAUGGUGAUGGAAAAAGAGCUGCAGGAGUUACAAGAGCAGUUAUGCACUGAACAGGAGCAGCAUCAGCAGAGGGUGGAGCAGCUGGAGAAGAUGUUCUGUGGAGAACAAGAGCAGGAGGGAGUAAAACAGGAACAAGGGGAUGAGAGUCUGAAGGAGCAACUAGCUCAAGUCUUGCAGGAGCAUCGCGCUUUGAUGGAAGAGCUGAGCCGCAGCAAAAAGGACUUUGAAGAGAAAAUUCAAGCCAAGAAUAAAGAGUUGGAAGAGACCAAGGAGGAAAAAGAAAAAGUGAGAGCUCAAAAGGAAGAGGUUUUGAGUCAGAUGAAUGAUGUACUGGAAAAUGAGCUUCAGUGUACCAUCUGUUCUGAACAUUUUAUUGAGGCUGUUACUCUGAACUGUGCGCACAGCUUCUGCUCCUACUGCAUCAAUGAAUGGAUGAAACGUAAGGUGGAGUGUCCCAUCUGCAGACGGGGGAUAGAGUCCAAAACGCGCUCUCUAGUUCUGGACAAUUGCAUUGACAGGCUGGUAGAAAACUUGAGCUUGGAGAUGAAAGAACGUCGCCUGGCCCUCAUCAGAGAGCGCAAAGAGAAGCAGGAUAUAUUGGUGAACCCAGCCACAGACAGUGAGAGCAGCAUAGUUUCUUCCAUCUAUUCCAUCUUGUCGAUGAGCAGUUAUGAUAGUGAUGACUUUGAGGAGGACUCUGACUACGAUGAUAGCUACUAUGUUAUCUGAGCACCCAUGCUAUGGAUUUGUUUGCCUGGGAGCCAUGCAGAGCCAACACACGGGUGGUUGGGCCCACUACCAUCAGAAAUGAAUGGCCUGGAUUGGAAACAGAAAGGCAAUGAAGAGCCAGGAAUGAAGAGCUGCAGACUGAAAGCACUGAACAGGAAGUCCUCUUUGUUCUUAAAUGAAUGUAUAAUUUCCUGACCUCUAAAGUGCAAGUGCAAUCAUUGGGGUAACUGACCCUUUUGUCACACUAAGUAAUAACGUAUGCAUCUACAUUUCCAUGAUCACUUUUGACCUGCUCAGUUAACAUUAUGUCCUAGUUUGACUGUGUGCAGUCAGUCUGGGGAGUGACAUCUGUUCAAGUGUAUAUAUUGGUUGGCUUUAUUUCUGCUGAUGGAGGGUAUUUGAGCAGGCUGGCCAUGCAAACAGCAGCGCAGAUGUAUGUCAAAGUUACAAGUACCGAUUUAAGAUGGAUUUUCCUUGUUGGAAUUUCACAUGGCAGCUUGACUUGGCCUUUCCUUUGACAGUAAAUGGUAUUCUUUUGGUUGUCUGUACCAACUCUUUGAGCCUCCUAUGCUUAGAUGCACUGUAGGUUGUAUUGUUUAAUUUCUUACUCCUCCAUUGAGAUCGUUGAUUUUUCUGUUGAGUAGAUUGAGAAGACUGACUUUGCCUAAAGUUUUGGCCCUGACUAAGCUUGAAUUCUGUUUCUUGCAGCACAUCAUCCUUCUCUCUCCAGGUUUUUGGAGGUGAGAAACCAAUUUAUCCAGAAAUGGCAUACAGUGGAAACCUUGUAUUGGUUCCUGCCAGCAUUUUUUUUCUCCAAAAGUGCUGCUAUUUUAAGUUAAUGAUGCAUCCUGUUGGCAGAGUAGGGAAUCAGCAUCCAGUGGGUAAUGGCAAGGUGAUGAGGGAAGUGGAGUGUGUUUUGUCUUUUUACAGUUUCCAAAAUAUUGCUGCCGAAUUGUGGCAUAACAGGAGCUUUGUAGCAAACCAAAUUUUUACUGGGGAAUGGAACACAUGUUGCCUCAUUUCAGCAGGCAUUUGACUGUGAAGCUCUGUUUCCAUUGGCCUAUAUACUUGAUUUUAGUUUUGUUAUCUAAAAGCUUUUCUUUCCCUAUGGGGGAAAAGAUGGGGAGAACCUUUUCAUAUGUAGUAUUUGUUUUCUCUCCAUGUGCAUGUAUUUUCUCAUUUAUAUACUUUUCUUGUUUCUAAGGAGGACAAAAUACACCAAGUUCUAUAGUGUUGCCUGUUACAACUAGUGAGACAAACUUCUGGUAGUUAAUCUAGACUUAAAUGAUCUGGACCCAUGUUUAUCAUUGCUCUUUUUAAUAGCGCUGGUUGAGUAGUGAUAGAAACAUUUUAGCCAAAGGCACUGUUUUUAUGAAUUUAUUCUGAAAAAAACCUCAUGCAUUUGGGGAUCUGUACAACAAAUGUCACAGGUUAUUCUGACCUGCAUUCACAGGGACCAGUGUGCCAGUAAUGUAAGUAAAUAUAGAAAAUGCAGAACCUUUAGGUUGUAGCAUUCCUUCUUUUUUUUACCUUAUCUUAUUCUAAAGAAAAGUCUCAUUACAGCGAUGUGCGUAGGGCAAUGCUAUGGCAGAAUAAUAUGUUCUUUUAACAGGAUGUGUCUUAUCAAUUAAACUCUGACAAGGUCCAGAUAUCUGUUCCAGAAUAUAAGGUUUAAGCAGCUCUGUCCUCCUUAAACUUUAGUGGUUUCUCUUGUGGAGGAGUCACCCCCCUCUUGAGAUUUCCCACUUACCAGUGCUCUUAACAUUUGGUUUCUACAUGGACCCUUCAGAGGCUUACUUUAGUUCAGAUCCUCUUGAGAAGUGCUUGAGGUAGGUAGGUCGCCAAAAGAUUGUGAAUGGUUGACACUGACCCUCCCUGGCCUCUCUGUGAAAGUAGGAGAUUUAGUUGCCUUCCAACUUAGGAGAAGGUUAUCCAGGGUUAUAGAUGUCUUUUACCAGGUACAUACUUUUUCCAUGAUGAUGAUGCGUGUGUGUGUCUUUUUUUUUGUUGGUUUCAUUUUACUAAAUGUAUUUAUUUUGCUUCUUUCCCAUACCUGUCAGUGUUUUAAUUACAUCUGUUGCAAAGUGGGUAAAGUCACCUUUUCUGUCAAUGUGUGUCUGAGAAGCCAUCUCCCUUAAAGCCAAUUAAAGAACAAUGUUAAAAAGUUA